CCAGGAUCUUGAUCUCGACUGCGUGCGGAGUGGGCGGAGGGGAGCAAGGGGCUGAGAUAGGAUGUGACACCGCCUUGCAUUGAUGACGCUUGCCAUCGGGAGACAUUUGGACAGCCUAUGUAACCCACAUACCGAGCCAUAAAUUGUGCGUCUUUGCUGGAGACCCUAAUGCUGGAGUUCACAAGAUGUCUCUGCCGGAUGCGUGGCAUUGAUGCUUUGCUGCAGAGGCUGCGGCGGGACGACAAACCACGCGGUGUCAUCUGUUGAUCGGAUUGGAGACAAUUAAGCGCAUUAUCAUGAGCCGCCGUGGUCCCACUUACAGGUGAAAUUCGAGGAGACUGAAAUGAUUCCAAAGUCAGGAAAAUCUCCGGCAGACUCAAGGAAAAGUGUCGGCAUACAGGAGUUUGCAGCACUAGCCAGAUCCUCCUUGAAUGGCAUCUCUCAGGCAGUCAGGGAUCAUGUGACAAAGCCCACCUCCCUGGCCCAGGGUCGGGUCGCCCAUCUGAUCGAAUGGAAAGGUUGGCCCAAACCUGCAAACCCCCCUCCAGCCGCCCACUCCCACUUCAGCUCCUACAGCCACCUGAGUGAAGGAGAGAAGGAGGCCCGCUUCGCAGCAGGAGUGGCUGAGCAGUUCGCCAUUGCUGAGGCUAAGUUGCGCGCCUGGGCCUCCAUUGAUGAUGAUGAAGAGGACGACUCGAACGAUGAGGACUCCCACACCAAUGGACAGACUCACAUCUUCUCCAGUCAGAGCUCAGACGCCGCCACGUCCAAUCCUAUCGCCGGACCGCCGUGCCAGCCUGAAGUUAACGGCAGAGAGGCCCCGCCCCCUGAGAGUCCCCUGGGCCCCAGCAGUGACAGCCUGCUGUGCGACGAGCACAUUGCUCACAAUGACCCACAUUCAUCCCAGACCAAUUCACCUACUUUACCCAGCGACUGCACGAGCCCCUUCUUGGAGGAAGAAGAGGAGGGGAGGCUAGGUGGUCCUGAGGGGCAGCAGGCUUCUUUGCAGGAGCAGCGCAGCGAGGUCUGCAUCCACCACAAGUCAGAGUGGAGGCCUCGGGCUCGGAGCAGCAGGUUUGACUCCUGCUACUCCACCUCUCACUCAGAGUCUCCUGGAGAGGAGGACGAGGAGGACGAGGAGGAGGAUGGCAGCGUGUUUCAUGAGGCCCGGGUAUGGCAUUGCAGUCCGAGAAGCUUCUUCUCUGACAGGGCUUCAUCCGGAGUGGCAUCUUUCGAGGAAGAGGAAGAGGAGGAGAGGGAUGAAGUAGAGGAAAAGAAAGAGUUUUUGAUGUGAUGUGUUGUCCAACGUUAUGUCUCUUUGGGUCCGUGUUGAUUCUGGAUAUGACAUAACCUUUUCUGCUCUCACCGUUUCCCCCCCCCUCUCCACCUCCUCUUCCUCCCUCUCCUCCUUGGAUCAUGUCUUCUCCACUCUCUGCCUUCUGUCUCUCAUCCUUCAGGCCUUUCAUGAACUGAUCUCGCUCCACCGUUUAUCGCUGCUAUAAACAGUAUAUAUACAUAUAUGUUGGAGAGUUUCACCAGAAUGUUAAGCUGUUGUUCAAACUAGGUUUUGUACAUUUUAGUGAAGAGUCGUGUGUUAGUAUUGUGUUUGUUUUUCUAUGGAUAUUUUGUAGUGUUGUUUUCUCUGGAUCAUGUGGGUUGGGCAAUGUUUGAUACUGAAUGUCUGAAUGUCCUGCAUAUAUAAAAAGGAUUUUUUUGGAUGAA